UCUAUUGUACUUUUAUACUGUUCGAUGAAUAACUUGAAAUGAUAUUCUCAAAAGUUUCAAACUUUGCGUGAAAAUGUCCCACUUCUAGUCCCCACUUCCCACUUGAAGAAAAGAAACUACAAGUCACCUCUAUAUUCUUUUUCUCUAACGACACCGUUUUGAGACUCUAGAAAAGUUGUUUUCUGUGUGAUGGAAGAAGAAAAAAACAUGAAAGACAACAAAACGACAAAAAACGAGGUUGUUCUUCGAAUUUCAAACAACGAACAAAGGAGAGAUUUUUGUGGUACCCCAGUUGUUGAAACCACUUCUUACUCUGCUCCUCAGCUUAUUUCCAAGAUGGGUUCAUCUCAUUCUCCAAAAGGUUUUAUAGAUUCACACGUAGAACUCGCGGAGCUUGAGAAUCUCAGAAGAAGUAGUAGCCAAGUUUCGACUGAGUUUGCUACAACUACUACAAACACUUUCUUGGGUAGGUCUGAAUUUUCAAAGCCAAAAUCCAGAUUUGUUGAACCACCAUUUUCUAAAGAUUCAAGCUAUGUUGAAGAAAAUGCUAAAAUGAAGAAUGUUGAAGUUCAUGUUCCUGAUGGAAGUGUUGUUACUCCAAGGACCCCUUUGAUUGGUACUCCAAGAGUUGGAGAAGAUGAUGAAGAAGAUGAUGAUGAUGAUGAUGAUGAUGAAGUGUAUAAAACUGCAGAUAUUGAAGUGAGUAAGAGAUUUGGUAAGAAAAGGAAACUAAUGAGAUUGAUUGAGUUGUUUUUCUUUGUUUGCAUUUUGGGGUUUUUGAUUGCAAGCUUAAUGGUUCAUAGAUUGCAACAUAAGGAAAUUUGGGGUUUGGUACUUUGGAAAUGGUGUGUGCUUGCAUUGGUUAUUAUCUCUGGUAGAUUAGUCACUAGUUGGUUAAUCAAUGUUUUGGUUUUCUUAAUUGAAAGGAACUUUUUGUUUAAGAAGAAAGUUUUGUACUUUGUUUAUGGUGUUAGGAAGAGUGUUCAAGCUUUUAUUUGGUUAAGUUUGGUACUUCUCGCUUGGAGUUUAGUUUUCAACCAUGGAAUCAAGAGAGCAAGAAAAGUUGUUAGGAUUAUUGAUUACAUCACAAGAGCACUUGCAUCUUGUGUUAUUGCAUCAGCUAUAUGGUUAGGGAAAACAUUGUUGAUAAAGCUUUUGUCUUCAUAUUUUCAAUCCACUAGAUUUUUCGAUAGGGUUCAAGAAUCGAUUUUUCAUCAGUAUAUUCUUAGGACUCUUUCAGGUCCUCCUUUGAUGGAGAUGGCUGAAACGGUAGGCAAGAGUUCUCCGAGUAGUCGUCGGCUAAGUUUUAAGACGAUGGUUAGAGAAGAUGAGAAGAAAGGAAAGAAAGAGCAAGUCAUUGAUGUUGAUAAGCUUAAGAAAAUGAAACAAGAGAAAGUUUCUGCUUGGACUAUGAAAGGGUUGAUUACUGUGAUAAGGAGUUCUGGAUUGUCGACCAUUAGUUAUACGCCGGAGAGUAUCUAUGAAGAAGAGAUUGAUCAGAGAGAUAAUGAAAUUACUAGUGAGUGGGAGGCGAAGGCGGCUGCUUAUCGGAUUUUCAGAAAUGUUGCUAAGCCGGGAAGCAAGUACAUUGAGAAGGAAGACCUCUUGCGCUUCAUGAGGAUUGAAGAAGUGGAAAAUUUGCUUCCACUAUUUGAAGGAGCAGUUGAGACUGGAAGAAUUAAGAGGAAGUCUUUGAAGAAUUGGCUGUUGAAAGUCUACCUAGAACGUCGAUCGCUUGUACAUUCACUAAACGAUGCUAAAACAGCUGUUGAUGAAUUGAAUAACCUUGCUUCUGGAAUUGUCCUUGUUGUAGCCAUUAUUGUGUUGUUGCUUGUAAUGGGAUUCUUAACAACACAAGUUCUUGUUUUUAUUUCAUCACAACUUUUACUUGUGGUGUUUGUGUUUGGCAACACAGCUAAGACUAUUUUUGAAGCCAUUAUAUUUGUUUUCGUGAUGCAUCCGUUCGACGUCGGCGAUCGUUGUGUCAUUGAUGGUGUUCAGAUGACUGUAGAAGAGAUGAACAUACUAACUACAAUCUUUUUGAGAUAUGACAAUGAAAAGAUAUUCUAUCCAAAUUCAGUUCUUGCAACCAAGCCAAUCAGUAACUUCUACCGGAGUCCGGAAAUGAGUGAUUUGGUUGAAUUUGCUGUCGAUGUUUCUACUUCAAUAGAAAGUAUUGGAGCCUUAAAGACUAGAUUAAAAGCAUACUUGGAGAGUAGGCCUCAACAUUGGCGUCCAAACCAUAACGUAAUUGUUAAGGAUAUUGAGAAUGUAAACAAGAUGAAAAUGGCUCUAAAUGUUACUCACACCAUAAACUUUCAGAAUUUUAGUGAUAAGAACAGCAGAAGAUCUGAAUUAGUCUUGGAGUUAAAGAAAAUUCUUGAAGAUCUUGAUAUUAAAUACCACUUGCUGCCACAAGAAGUUCAUCUUAGUUAUGUAAAGUCACAUGACCAUAUGGCAUAAACAGUUUGAAAUUUUCAUUUCAUAACCAUCUAAUAUUUACUUUCUUUUGGUGCAAGUUUGUAGCACAACUUUUAUGUGCUAUGAAUUUUGUCUAUUUUUGUUUUUUUUCAAAAUCGGUAAUAGGAAUUGUUGGAAAUGAUAAAUGAUAAAUGGCAUUGAUGAUGGCUUUUAA